CUCCGUCCGGCUGCCCACUCAAAUUAAACGCCCUCCCCGCGGACGCCUUCGACGCACGGACGCACACGAAUACUCCACAGAAACCGCUCCCGCCUCCUGUUCGACCGGCAGCGCAAAAGGGCACCCCACGAUGUCGCUCCAGCGCCCCCUGCACUCGCCUCCCAAGGCCGAGCACAACCUUUUCGUCCCAGACAAGGAGCAGCAUCCUUCGCCUCCGCGCGAAACCCAGAGCCAAAAGCCUAAAGCCAUCCCGGGCUACCGCGGUUUUAUCAGAGGCAGCCAGCACUAUUAUGGAUUAACGGACGGCGAGGUCUCGCGGCGCGCGCCGUCGCACAACUUCGCGCCGACGCCCGCGGGGAAUCCCCAUGAAGAGGCGGGCCCGCGCGUCGCGACGGAAAGCUUGGACAGCGCGGCGCCGGCCCGCGUGCUGGGGUAUUCGGGCCAUAUUCCCGGCCGUGUCACCCGCUACGCCGAAACUUUCGGCAGGACGGUAGAAAACUCCUUCGCGGAGCACCGCAAGUCGGCGUCUCCCUCAAAACAUCGCAUCGUGUCCACGUCGACGACAGAAAUGCCGUCGGGGACGAACACCAUCGUCUUAGAUAAAGACGAGGUACGGUUCCGGGAAGCCAGAGCCCUAGGGAAGACGCUAGCAUUGAGGCACGAGCUCGAGGCCUCGCCGGGCUACACGGGGUGCAUCCGGGGCGCGCAGCACUUCUUCGGGUCGACGUUCGCACGCGUACAAAAAGAGGCCAAGACGAUAUACCCGCAGAAAGGUAUACUGAGCGGCACGGACACGGAGCGGAUCCCCAGAGAUAGGAUCAACGGCUACACGGGCCACCUGCCGGGCGAGAAGUCUGCUUAUGGGAGCACCUUCGGCCGGACGUGCGGCGACUGCCUCGACGAGUUCCAGGCGUCCGUAUCAAAGACGGCGGCGGCGGGCUACCGGAUCCUCCCCCUCGCCGAUUUUUCGGUAGCGUCGCCGAUCAAGCGCGAGUAGUAAUCUUAUUCCGUUAC